UGAAGUUGAAGGUUGACGUGCGAACGGUCGGUUGCCGCUGUUGCCAUUGCGUCUGCUGUGCUUGUGGUUUGUGGUUUUGGCCGAGUGUAACGUGCAGUGUGGGACUGUAAAGAUGCACCGACAUUGUAGGCCGUAGCGAUCCGUUGCUCAAUCCAACAUAAUUUGCACUUCCAGCUAACCAACACUUUUUACCAUUCGUUGAGUGCUAUCCGCAUCAGGGUUUGUGAAUUGUUUUGAUUUUGUGUACCUUUUUAGUCGGUUAACAAAGUGCUCGAAGUGAAACCUUGCCUAACAGUGCUCCAAAACAACCGAAUAUUCCUGCUGUAAACGACGUUCAAAAAUCGUAGCAGAAAAAGAAGUCAGAACCAAACAGUGCACCAAACACUCAGUACCCACCGGAAGUCGCAAGAAUAAACUCGUACCUCCUUCGUCAGAUUGGACGUUUUCCGCGUGAAGAAAACAAUCAUCUGUAACCCCAUCGGAAUUAAUACCGUUUUCGCUCAUGUUCCACACAGUAACCGGAAGCAAACAACGACCAGUAGCUAACUUCGGCACGAGCACCCAGGACAGAGGCAACUCUGAGCCGUAAGAUCCGUUUUUGUACGCGUACGCACGUGAAGCGGGUUUUCAACGGAAGCGGAAGUUCGUGGUGCAGUGCUAAAGGACGUUUCCGGCGAAAGAUAUACUUCAACCAUGGUUCAGGCUUUAGAUGAGUACGACAUCCAGCCGGACUUACCGCAGGCGUUGCGUUUACUGGAUGAAAUGAACAGUAACUUCCGGCAGGUUUCCGACCUAGUGGGCAAUAUGCUGCAGCGUGUCAAAACCGGAGAGCUGUCCACCGAGUAUGGGCUAAACUUUUUGGAAAUCAAGUAUCACAUGCUGCUGAACUAUCUUAUCAAUCUGACGUAUGUGGUUCUGAGAAAAUGUUCUGGUCAUCGAAUCGAAAAUGAUCCGUCGAUCGAUAGAUUGAUUGAAAUACGAACAGUGUUGGAGAAGAUUCGACCCAUAGACUACAAGCUUCGAUACCAGAUCGAUAAAUUGGUAAAAACAGCCGUCACCGGUGGCAGCAGCACUGCAACUGACACAACCUCCUUCCGAGCGAACCCGGCGAACCUGGUAUCGCAAAUACCGGAAGCGGGAGAAGAAGCCGGUGGCCAAGAUGCGACAGCAGUCGAUGGUGGUUCUGACGAAGAUUCGGACAGCUCGGCAAAGGUCAUGCUCAAAUUGAAGCGUGCCAAGGCGGCGACAAAAAUGUUGGCGCAAGGUGGCACGUCCACUGUGGAAACGGAAGCUGAGGCAGCUAUUGCAGUUGAUAGUUCCACAAGCGGUCGACGGAGCAAACACGACAUUUACGUGCCACCCAAACUAACAUCGAUGCCUUACGAGGAGGACACAAAAGCCGAACGAGCCCGAAAACAGAUGGAACGCGCACGAAAGAGAGCUCUAGGGUCGUCGUUAAUACAGGAUUUGAAGGAUGAGUAUCUCGAUACGCCGGUCGAGCUGUCCAGUAGUUCCCGUGCCCAACAGAUAUUGUCUCGUCGCGAGCAAGAGCGCGAAGAAUACGAGGAGUCCUAUCUUACACGUUUGCCGGUUACGAAAGCAGAAAAGCAGCGUAGCAGAAAGCUAACGACGCUUGCUACUUUGGGCGAUGAGUUAACAAAUUUCACCGAUUUAAGCGUGUUGAAUGAUGACUUUGCUUCUACUUCGGUAAGUGGUGGGAAAAAGCGCAAAGCUACCAAAGUGAACAAGAAACAUGCUAAGAAGCGACGUUUUCGUUAAAUGCUGGUGAGAAGUCUAUAUCAAAUUAGAAACCUUAUAGGAGAAUAUAAAAAGUGGCCACAUCGUUACAAUAGAGCGAUUAUGGUGAUGCAUUUCGCAAAGUUAUACCAUGAAGUGAAGUUUACAAUUCAACAAAUUCGUCUCAACCGAUUUCAUUUGGGAACUUUUUGUGUAGUUAUGAAAUGUUAGCUUUAUUUUGUAUUGUUGAGAAAACAUAUGUUCAGAGAAAUUAUUGCUUCGAUUUGUUCUGUGAGUUUAUAUAUCUAUAGUUUAUUUGUCUAUUGUCUGAUCUGACUUUGGUUACAUGGUUCGUAUCUAAAUUUCAUCGAUUAUUUGUUUUUUUUGCGACAAAGGUCAGUUUAAACAUCGAUAUUGGAUCUACUUUGGGGCCAAAAUAUGAGCUGGCAAAUAUAGGCUGUACGUUCUAAUCCAAUGCAAAAAAAAAUGUUUCGAGAAGUUCCAUUUACUCAAAUACAAAAUACAGAAACCAGGUUUUUUUAAACGAAAAACAUAAAAAAAACCAAUGAAAAACAUUUAGCAACAAACGAAAGCGAAAUGAAAACAAGGCACAAAAUGCAGAAACGAACAAUUAAAUCGAAUGUUUCAUUAUCUUUAAAAGUGUAUAAACAUCUAUUCGAGUGUUAUAAAAAAGCAUACGAUGCGAUGAUGUUGUCUCAAUUGCAAUAACACUUUAUCCAAACCUUCAAAAAGCAAACCAGUAGCCCUAAACAAGCAAAGGGUAGAAAACCGGAAUCAGGUAACUAUAAACUUAUUCGUUACAUUAGUUUUAUGCAAGAAAUUAUAGUUUUCUGUACGCGUUAUUUUUUCCUUCUAUGGGCGUUCGACUUCAAGAAGAUAUACAAAUCAUAGUUAUUAUCAAAUAAAGUAAUAGGAAAUAAAAUGUACAGCGUAUUAGAAAAGAAAAUGGAAAACACAACUGAUAAUAGUUAUAACUCUACAAAAACCAGAUUUUCGUUACUUUAUAUUACGGAUACAAAAAGGAGAAACACGAGCACAGCAGCGCAAUUUGCAUCUGCGCAGCGAUACAAUUGUUAGUAAGAAGAUGAAAAGAGUGAUAAACAUAGCUUAGAGAUGGAGAGAUAGUAAUAUGAGAGGAAACAAAGAGAAAAGAUAUGAUAAGACAAUUUACCAUAUUGUUGCCUUUUUCUAUAGCAAAACGUAAUGAAAGCUAUUACGUAUAAGGGUGUAACGGGAACGAAUGCAUGACGAUGAUAAAUCCACAGUUUAAUCUGUAGAAAUGUUUAUUAUUGACUGGUUUACAACAAGCACUUAUACACAUUUUGUAUCGAGCUAAACAUAACCCGAAAUAUUUACGAGAUAUUUGCAAGAGCUAAUUUUUGUUUUAUGUGUUCCACUCAUUUAUCACUUUAACAAGAUUGAAGUAACACAUCAAGAGCAGAUGAACAAUGCAAUAGAAAACAGAUGCAAAAACUUACUCACAAAACCUCAAUUAACACAGAUAUCGAACGCCCGGAUGAAGGAAACAAUGAACGAGCUAAGAGAUGCGCUAAAUAUAUAAGUUAUAAUAAAGCGAAAAGAGCGAUAUGCGUAAGUAAAUGUCCUAAAAAGAAUUAUAAAACAAAGAAAGGAAGAAAAUAAGAUAAAGUAAAAUUAUUUUAUACAAACUGUAUAUGAAACAUUCACAACAUUGGAAAUCAAAUUUAAACCAUGUGUGCACGAACUACAAGGCAAACGAAGAGGCGAACGAUUCAAACGAAAAACCCUCUACUAGAAGGAACGUGUAAAGUCAGAAGUAAACAUAGAUUCCUACAAAGUUACUACAUGCAAGGACGGUACGAUGUUGUAAGCAUGCAAAAAAGAAUAGUUACUCGAGCCAACAUCAUUCAUAUUACCGGUUGCGCGAUGAAGACAAUUUCAAAAUACUGACUAUGAAAGUUUUUGAUUAGCAGUCUAACCACUGUUGCAUUUUUUAUCGUUUUUGCUCUACAAGAUGUACAAUGUUACAAUUUAUUGUUUCUUGUUUCUUGCUUCUAUAUGUUACUCAAUCAUUUGAUUUAAAUUCAAUGAGUUCAUGAGUUAAUCCAUAGUACCAUAUUAUUAAGUACAUUAGUUUAUUAU